AUGUCGCUGGCGCCCGAGAUGGUACAACGCGGAAUGAACAUCGAGCUCCGUGACAUUACGCAGGCGUAUCCCCAGGCGCAGACAACCCUGAAGAGGACGAUACUCGCACAUCUUCCUACUGAGCUAGUCCAUCGAUAUCCAGAAGGCACGCUACUCCAUGUGAUCAAGCCGCUGUAUGGAAUCGCUGAGGCAGGAGUCCACUGGUGGACAACGUAUCACGGACACCAUUGCAAGGAACUGGACAUGGCAACAUCGACGUACGACCCAUGCCUAUUGAUCACGAACAGCGACGACGCAGGCAUCUUCGGCAUCGUUGGCAUGCAGACAGACGACACUCUCAUGCUCGGGACACCAGCGUUCUCGUCACGUGAAGAGAAGAAGAUCCAGAAGGCAGAGUUCAGGUCAAAGCCAAAAGCAAGGCUGACACCAGAAGUGCAGUUAGACUUCAAUGGAUGUACACUCACGAUGGACGCCAGCAGAGUCUUGACCCUUAGGCAGAAAGGACAAGGAGGAAGGAUCAGGCUUGUGGAUAUCGGGGCACCCGACCGCGCGCAACAGUACACCGAGCAGCGCGCCCGCGGAGCGUACAUCGCAUCAACAUGCCAACCAGAGGCGUCAUUUGACCUGUCCGUCGCUGCUCAAGCUCAGCAACCAUCAGACGAGGACAUCAAGGCACUCAACAAACGCCUGAAAUGGCAGAUGGAGAAUCUCGAUCGUGGCCUGCGCUACGUCACUGUCAAUCUUAUGGAGGCCAAGUUGAUGGUCUUUGUGGAUGGCUCCUUUGCCAACAACAAGGACCUCAGCUCACAGCUAGGCUUUGUCCUUAUGCUCGUCAACGAGUCUAUUGACGUGAACACCUUCACAAUACAGGGCAACGUGAUCCACUACAGCUCUACAAAAUGCAAGCGCAUCACACGGAGCGUACUGGCCUCAGAGAUCUACGGCAUGGUCAACGGCUUUGACAUAGGCAUUGCAGUUGCAACCACGCUGAGGAUAGUUACAGAACGACUUAGACUACCUGCAAUUCCCUUGGUUAUCUGUACAGACUCGUACUCCUUGUACGAGUGCCUAGUAAAGCUUGGGACGACGAAGGAAAAGCGUCUCAUGAUCGACAUCAUGGCGCUGCGCCAAUCAUAUGAGCGUCGCGAGAUCACGGAGAUCCGCUGGAUCAAUGGUGAAGACAAUCCUGCAGACGCCUUCACCAAGGCAUCGCCAAACCGCGCUCUUGAACGCUUUAUUGACGGCAAUAAGCUGACAGUCCGAGUAGAGGGAUGGGUGCAGAGGCCGACAAGCUUUGAUGGUUGAUGCUACACACAGUUACCAUCAACACAUACUGUCACUACCGAUACAAGCAGAGUUACUAGCUACCCAGAAAGAAAAGACUUCCAGUGUCGGAUCGUGAGUAUCGGUAGAGACGUCGGCUGCUGGACACUUCGGCCCGACUUCGGCCCACCUUGCGCAGAGCUUAGGUAUACCUUCGUAGCAGCUGUGUUCGUAAUAAAUCAAUCACCAUCACC